UAUUCCUACCUCCGUCCGUGCAACACGCGCAGUUCCGCGGUUCCGAGCCGUCGGCUUUCCGCCGGAGACGCGUCCGCCUGACGGUACAUCUCGCACGCUCGCGGAAUCGGUGACGUGGGAAGAGAGAGAGAGAGAGAUACCUCGCACGACGAGAGGCAACGAGGUCCCCACGGAUCUUCGAAAAAUCUUCGAACGUCGGCACGCGGGAAAAUCGGCGAUUUGUAAAAGCCCUCGUGCGCGCGCACUCACUGCGCCGUUCGUCACGUACCAGAAAUUUUCGCUGCCAUCACCGUCGAGCUAUCUAUAGACUGUAGUAAUAAUAAUACACACAGGGUGUCUCGAAGCUAUCGUCCGCGCGACUCUUCGACCGCGUCUCGUUAUUGAGCUUCCACGUGUAACGACACUUGCGACGAAUUUCUUGAAAUUUGUGUUAACCUUCUGCCGGCGCACUUUUCCGCUGUUUAACUUGACACACUGAGUCUGUGAAACCCAGUAAUUUCUCCUAGUUUAAAUAUCUACAAAUGUGCUUAUCCAGUGUACAGAUAUUAUAGUUUUAAAGUAUGUACAGAGGAGAUACACAAGGAGGAAUGUCCCGCAACAAUGGACCCGGUCUCUACGAGUUCCUCAUGGAAGCUGAGCUGCAGCAGUAUUAUCCCGGCAUUCGAGGGGACUUGAAGGUGCAGACAACGGCGCAACUGAAAUAUGUGACUGAGGAAGAUCUGAACGCGAUAGGGAUGAGCAAGCCGGAGAUGCGUCGUUUGAAGAAGUACUUUCAGAAGCACUUCCCGCAGAAUUAUCUCUCCAAGUUCAAGAAGAUGCUGCUGCCGAAGCGCGAGGAGCAGCCGCCCGGCGCCCUCAGCAUGCUGCCGGAGGAGCGGCAGGAUAAGCCACCGGUACGCGUUCCCAACAAGCACAUGAUCCCGGCGGACGCGAUCAUCGUCAACAAGGAGCUGGGGACCGGCGAGUUCGGCAUCGUGCAGCAGGGAGUGUGGACGAACGACGGCGAGAGGAUACAGGUGGCGAUUAAGUGUCUGUCGCGCGAGAGGAUGCACAACAAUCCCAUCGAGUUCCUGAAGGAAGCCGCGAUCAUGCACUCAAUCGACCACGAGCACAUCGUGCGCAUGUACGGCGUCGUGCUCGACACGAACUCGCUGAUGCUGGUCACGGAGCUGGCGCCGUUGCGUUCGCUGCUGGAGUGCCUGAAAGAGCCGAGUCUGCGGGCGAGUUUCCCGGUCCUCUCGCUCUGCGACUUCGCCGUCCAGAUCGCCGACGGGAUGCAGUAUCUGGAGCAGAAGCGGCUGAUCCAUCGCGACCUCGCCGCUCGGAAUAUCCUCGUCUUCUCCAAGAACAAAGUCAAGAUCUCGGACUUCGGUCUGUCGCGCGCGCUGGGCGUCGGCAAGGACUACUACCAGACGAACUUCAACGUCAACCUGAAGCUGCCGAUCGCCUGGUGCGCGCCCGAGUGCAUAUCUUACCUCAAGUUCACGUCGGCGAGCGACGUUUGGGCGUACGGCGUGACCUUGUGGGAGAUGUUCAGCUACGGCUUCCAACCAUGGGCGGCGUUGACCGGCCAUCAGAUCCUUGAAGCGAUAGACGAGCCGAACUUCCAGAGGCUAGAGCAGCCUGACUGCUGCCCGAAGGACUACUUCGCGCUCAUGCAGCAGUGCUGGCAGCACGACCCGCUCAAGAGGCCCAAGUUCUCCGAUCUGAUCAGUGUGCUGCCCGACCUGAAGCCGGAGCAGGUACAGGCGGUUCAGGACAGCGUCGACCCGACUCAGCUCGUUUACAGGCAAAGCGAUGUGAUCACCGUCCUAGACAAGGGCAGCAGCAACACCCUGUGGAAGGGCGUGCUGAACAACGGCAAGACCGGCUAUUUUAACCCGGCCCACACGAUAGCGUACAUCGGCUCCAACCUGCCCAGUAACAAGCCCGGCGAGUUCACGCGCGGGGACGGCAAGAACGCCUUCUCCUCGCAGCGCAGGAAGAUCCGCACUGACAUGAUAUCGUCGCCGCAAGGCGACCUCAAGCACACCGGCCACGUAGGUCUGGACGGCGCAUACUUCGGCGACAUUAGCUUCCUCGGCGGCAAGUAUCCGCACUUGCCCCGCCAGGUGGUCACGCCGUACAAACCGCAGGAGGACGUAACCGAUAAUUCUAGUCAAAUCGCGAGUCAAGACGCGAGGAGCGCCGACGUGAAUAGGGAGUCGGCGAGGGACAGUAGGAAUCUGCAACAAGAAACCCAACAGAGCAAACACGAGAGCUUAUGGUCCGACACGAGUUCGGAGAUAUGCCAUGUGACCGCGGCGGGCAACGUGAGCAAGCAAUCUAUGACGACCAAUAUGGGCAGCAGCACCGACACUCUCGGGGCUGACCACGAGUACCACGAGAUCAGCGACGAGGAGAACCAAGACAGUCCGUUGAGAUUCGACAAGGCGUUGAAUUUCGACUUCGGUCCGAGUCUUCUGGCGGAGAUGGAUCAGAUGUUCAGAUCACUAGGCUCUUCUCCCCCACCACCGCCGCCCGGUCAUCCUUUACCUACUGAACACGAAUCGAGCAACGCGAGAAACGAACUGCGGGAAAUACAGGCGAAACAAUGCAGCAAGAAGAAACAAGCCACCGUGAAGCCUAUCUCAGCCGCCGAUCAGAAAACUCUCUACUCAGCCAUUGCUAUGGCACAGGAAUUGACAGCACGUUCCAUGACAGAUCUCGAACAUCCACCGGAGUCUCCCCGAACACCUGCCAGUCCUUCAAGACGCAGAAAAUUCUCUUUUAAGUUGCCACAUCAACACAGUCCUAAACCAGACAGACGACACUUUUCCGAAGAAGCUGCCAGUAUACCUGACAUACAGUGGCUGUGCUCGAGUCUGCAGUCCCUCUCGUCCACGGUGUCCAGCAUAGAAUCCCUCGGUGCGCCGUCGACGUUGAAGCUACCCCUGUGGGACAAGGCGUCGGCGGAGUUCUGCUUCGCGAAGUCGCGCGAACUGCUGACGAAGCCGAGCGCCUGGGCUUCCUACAUGGACAUGGACUUCGACACGCACAUAUUGGACAACGCGGCGACUAAGCAGAACCUCGUCAAGUCGACCGAGUUCCUGGAGAACGGGAACCGGAAGAGCAACUGCGAGGCCGCGGCCGAGCUGGCGGACGGCAAGCUGAACAUGCGCCACCAUCAGAACGGCAAGAUCUUCAAUCUGGACAAUCCAAACUUCGACUUCCCGCGCGAGGUGAAGCGGGUGUCCACCAGCUACGUGGAGCGCUACUUCGAGCAGCCCAAGUACUUCGACGACGAACCGAUUCUGUCAGGAUGCCCCGAGAAGAUGUACUUCGGCGAGGAGAAGCUGGACAAGUUCGACAAGAUCAAUAACCUGGAGCAGCCCAACAGGUCGGCGUACUACUCGAACGUGCCCGAGCAGAGCUCGUCGGUCGUCGGCCGGCCCAGCCAGACGUUGCAGAACAAGCCGAGCAACUGCGAGCCCCAAUUAAAGGACAAUAUCGCGCAUUUUGAGGCGCGAGCCGACGAUCAUUUCGACAUGCUGAAGGAGAAGGCGGCGGCGAACUUCGAGUCGCCCCGCAGCAAGCCGAACAAAUUCGAGAUUGUCCGGGACAAGGCUACGAACGUGGAUCUCGGCACCCGGCCGAAGAUCCCCGUCGCCUUCACCGAGUCCACCAAGAUGAACAUCGCGGAGUUCACGAAGAAGAUCGACCUGUCGAAGUCGCGCGCGGCGAAGGUGUCCUUUGUGCCUAGAAACCCGAACCAGGACGCCAAGAGCGGCGUUUACGGCUCGUCGGACAGCAUCAAGACGAACGUGAAGACCGGCGGCUCGGACAGCCCCAGGGGCAACAUGGAAGCGAUGAGGAUAAACAUACAGAGCUUCCGCAAGAUCGAGCAGAAUCAGAACGGCCACGAGGGCUUUCCGUUUGUCAUCUCCAACAACCCUCUGUUCAUCGCCGAGCCGGAGAAGAAGGAGUCUCCCAUAUACAGCAGCUCCGAGAGCCUGCGAGUGAACUUCCAGCGUCUCAGGCGGAAAUCCGACGCCGAGGCCAGUCAAGUGGAACUCAACAGCAAGCUCUUGGCGGAAAAAUACCAGCGCGAGGUGUCCGGCUUGGAGACCGUGAAGAGUUACUUGGACUCCAAGAAAGGCCAGGGUCUGAACCUCGGUCUGGGCAAGCUCACGCAGAACAUGAUCCAGCUGGGUAAGAACAUCGCGCAGAACUCGAGGAACUUGGAGACCGGCACGUCCAAGUCGCUGGUGUCCAACAUGAGGAACCUGGACUUGUCGGUGCCGCCGCAGACGCCGCCGUUGCGGAGCCUGAACAUACCGAUACAGAAGCCGAAGCACCUGGACCUCAACAUACCGUUGCAGAGCCAGUCGCCGAUGAACGCGAAGCUCAGCCUGAUGCAGAAAACGGCGAACCCGCCGCCGACCAGCCCGACCAUGCACCAGCACAUCCUGGAGCCGCCUAAACUUUACCAGAACGACCCCAAAACGCGCAAAGAACUGCCGAAGCUGGACGUGCUUGGGCCGGAGAAGCUCGCCGCGAACGUCUACCGACACCGGACGUCGUCCUUGUCGGAGAAUCGAAAGCCGCCGAUGAAGAACGUACGCAGGUCCUUCCACCCCAGGAACGACUCCAGCGAAGAUUCGGACUCGGUCUCGCACUCCGAGACCGAUAUCAGAAGCCGGCUGCGCUACAAGCGCAGGCACAAGCGAGUGCCGCACAGCCUGCGGCUGAACUUCAAGAACAAGCCGCCUUUCCUGCACCCGGACUCCGCCAAGGGGUUCUCCGCGGUCGAGCUGUGCGGCAAGUCGCCACCACCGUCGACCAGCUUCCUCAACUCGCUCUCACCGCCCUUCUCCUCCAGGCACAACCUGCUCUCUUGGCCGGAGAGCGCGCCGAGCUCCAGUCUGACUUUCACCAGCAACUCCGACCUCGACUCGGACACCAGCUCCGAGUACCCGGAGUUCACGAGCGACGCCACCCUGUCGGAGGAAGCUAAGGAAGUGUACAACAGCUUGGUCGAGACGCCGACGAUGGAGAGCGCCGGCGACACGAAUCCUCUACGUAUGCUGCGCUCGGGCCUGCCGAUCGUGAGGCCUCGCAUUCGCGGCAACAAGCACGCCACCCUGGGCCACUCGGUGGCGCAGUCGGAGGACGGCACCAACGAGCACGGCUUCCACUUCGAGAUGCACCACAGCGGCGCCAGGACCUUGCCGAAGGUGCGGGCGCCCCCACCGCCGCACGCACCACCGCCGUUGCCACAGUCGCGCAGCCUCGAGAGGCACCAUUCCGCCCAGGAGAUCGAGAACAAUCAAAAUCAGAACAAUGUCGACGAGAACCCGAUACCCCUGCCGCCCCGAGACCGCUCCAAGCCGCUUCAGACCAAGUCCAGUUUGCCGCGGCAUCAGAGGAAGCAUCCGUUGAUCAUCCCCGGCGGUGGUGUCACCAGGACGCUGGCGAAGAUGGCUGUGACCACGCCGCCCAUCGAGGAUCAGGUGGACGGGCAUUUAGUUAUGCCGAACGCCGGCUCGUCGGUCCCCAGCACUUCGUUGCAGGAUAGUUAUUCCACGGAAGCAUCGGCCAACAGCCCAGAAGAGUUUGAGCAGCGUAUAGACUCCGAGCUGGCGGCGCUGGAUUCCUUACCCGUCGAGGAGAACCGGCUACGACGGUGUAGCGUGAUCUCGGAGGAUCUGCUGGAGUUCUCGGAGAACCUGAUCGACUGCGGCGACGCGUCGGAGCCACGGCCGAGCGUCCCGGAGAGCAACAACGACGGCCAAUCGGGCAGCUCGUCGUCGAACAUCGUGGCCGACAACCUGCGCAGGAAGAUCAGCGUCGAGUCGAAGAGUUCCGUGAAGAGUGGCGCGUCGAAGGCGCAGGAGAACGCGGAACAGGCGGAGCCGAGCCGAAACCCGACGACGCCGCCGACCGGUAGUUCCGGUGGUAGAACGGAAGACUGGAGCAAAAUCGACCCGUUGGCCGGCCAUCACCCGAUGGCUCCACCCGCGAGCGUCUCGCUGUUGUACCAAUCCGGCCAGCUAGCAGGCUAUCAAGCGGAUCAUCGCGCGGAGGGCGCGCCCGGCAAGCAGCCCGAGAGCAAGUGCGGGGAACCUCUGGUGGUGAUCAGCUCGCACGACGACUUCCACCCGAAAACCUAUCUCCUGGCGAACGAGACGAAGGCGACGAGUCGCACGAGCGAUCUGUCGCGGCAGUCGGACCACGUCUCCUGCGAGGACCUCCUGGAGUUCGCCUGCGACGGGCCGAACACGCGUCGGACACGCGGGCCGCGCAACGGCGAGCAAUCGGACGAGGUGCGGAUCAUGCUGAAGGUGCUGCACGAGCAAUCGACGCCCGAGUCCUGCAUCGCUGCGCUCAACGUCACCGAGUGGGACGUGCUGGCCGCGAUCAAGCUGGAACGGCUGCAGGGUUUGCUGAAGAAGGAGAACAGCUUCGUGGGCCUCGAGGAUUGCAAGGUGAUGUUGAACCAAUGCGGCGGCGACGUCGUCAAGGCGGCCGCGCUGCUGCGCACCACGGAGGACACCGCGGCAGUUUAGUGCGCUUCCCGUCCCGGGCUCGAUUCUACUACGCUCGCGAGCGUUGCUGUGUCUCACAUCGAUGAGCGAGACCGCUCCUCCUCCUCCGUAGUCGAUCGAACGCUGCGACUAGAGGAGAGACGAUUUAACGCGAGCUCCGGAGCUUCUCAGCGAGCGGGAGAAACGACCGCGCGCACAACGGCCGGUUCGAGCCAUAUACAGUUUCUUUUUUUUUUUCUAGUUUUUUCUCCAUAUGCUUCCGUAUAAAUAGAAAGUUCUCUAUUUGAGAUGUUUCUCAAUCCUCGACGUCGCGAAACGUUCUCGCCAAGAUCUUUCGUACGUGUAGAAAUGUUAGAUGAAUUUAACGGACGUUUAUUUAUAUUGUUUCAGCGUUACGUAGGUACGAACGACGGUGUUUGAUAAUAUGCUUUAUGUUAUCUAGUUGUGAGGGACUGCAAGAUAUUAGCUUACUUGGUAACACGCUCUUGAGAUAGGAACAGCGGGAACGAACUACUAGCUCUUUAUUUAAUUUGCCGAGCAAGGUAACCCACAAUCGAUCAUAUCGUAUCUCCUUUAUCCAUGAACGUGAUGUGAUAAUUCGCACAAUAAGAAUUCGGAAGGUCCUUUCAUUCAUCGACGAGAGGGGGGGGGGGGCGUAGUCGAGUGUGUUUCGCGUUUUUUUUUCCAUUUCUCUCGGUUUGGCGGCUCGAGUGAUGCGCGAAUGUUCGGCUAUGACCGCGUGGACAUUUUUACAGAUCUGAAGCGACGCGUCUGCAAAUGUGUUUACUAUGAUUUUUACGCUGUAAGAUGUAGAUCUUAACCUCGCGUAUCCGCAUGGCUUUGAGGAGGAGCACGUUGUUUCGUACACUUUGAAAGUAACAUGCGAUUAAGUGUGGUGUUUUUACGCGAGACAAUCAUUUUGCAACGUUUCGGAAACUAGUGCUCAAUGGACGUCAAUAUCAAGCCAGUGAAGCUACGCAUUAGCGAAAAUAGGCAAAUUCGCAAGAGAGAUCUUAAGAUUGCCGGCGCUUGCCGCGCGUUUUAUUCGUUAUUUCGUAAUUGUAGUAAGCGGUAAUCUGUCCGGUCCCAAAGAUCUACUUCAUUCGUUCGAUAUUCAUAUCUCUCGAUGUUCACGAGUGAAUACCCACGGAAUCAUCGCGUUCAUCAAAUUGUAUAUUUCCCGACUCACCUCCGGCUGUUUACGACGCUUUUUACGCGAGGAUCCACGCGUGCGAUCCGCGAAAUAAUAUCGCGGUGGGUCCUGUCGAUUAAUCUAAGAACGCGAAAACCGAAAUGUUACGUGGGCUCAGUAAUAACAAGGUUCCAAUUGACACUCGGAGAACCCUGUAAAGGACGGUUUUCAGAUGUUAUAACUUGUAUACACUUGUUGGUAUUUGCUAACUGUUUUAAGGGGAAAAAGAAAAAAGAGGCGAACUCGGCGACGCUCAUUUUUGUCAAUUAGAACCUUACCCACUCGAUAUUCACGGUGAUAUAAGUAUUUGCAUAAAAAAUACCGUAUGUGUCGUAAGCUUCGUUUAAAUUUGACCAAGGUGUCACGCAAGGGAAAAACGGAAAUGGUGAAAUCUGCUCACACCACAGUAUUUUAUUACACUUUCAGAUCUUAAGAGACGUGAAAAAUGAAAGUUUCAGACGUGUGCGAAGUACUGUACCUCGUUGUAUAAAAAGAAACGAAAGAGAUAUUCUUUGUAAUUUAAGGUGAUAGAUUUGAAUAAGCACCAAAUAUUUCGCGCAUUCUAUGUGUUCAGUAAGAUUACUUUUACGGUCCGAGAAAAACGUGCGUAUUACUAUGUCGUAUAUGUUACCCGCCCAUUCUCGCCGCGCGUUUUCGCGCCGAAACACGACCGACUGCCUCCGAGUUUUGAUAUCCGGUCCAAUAUCAGUGUCACAUUUAAUAUAAAUUAAAAAUUAUAAAUUUGAGACGAGAGGCGGGUGGCCGGGGUUAGCCCGGAAUGCGCGGCGAGAGCGCACACGGCGGGCCUGUAUUUUUAAGUUAUGACACGCGAAACGAGUUGUAAAACGUGACUGAUGAGCGUGGGAAGCGAAAACGGUGGCUUUAAAGGGGCUACUCAAAGUCUGGUACAAUAAGAUAAUCUUUUUCUACGGUCCGUAAGAAAAGGAAGGAACGAGAGCGCGUAUCAUUCUUCGUCGUAGAUCCUUUAGGUUAGUUACACACGCAACAGAAGCAACAGGGAAGCAAGAUGCAAAACUGACGACUGACCGUCGAUGAAAGUGCAUAUCGCGUCUUUAAAUCGAUUAUUCGUAGUCUGAUACAGUUCCUGUUGAGUUACACUAACGCCGUAGUGAUCUGUCGUCGGUCGAAGCGCGCGGGAGAUAAUUGUGCGACAAACGGGGGGCGAAGUUUAAUCGGACGAAUCGUGUCUUACCGGUAUCGGAUUUCGUUUAGUAUGCAUGUGCGUAUGUAUGUGUGCGUGUGUGUGCGUGUGUGUAAUGUCUCGAAAUUGCAAAUAUAUAUUUGCACAUUUACAUACGUAUACGUUGAGCAAAAUCGUGCUGCAGUAUGCUUUCUUCUUAUGCGCGCCGUGUAUGCAGAGGUUUGCACAGAGCAUCAAAUUUCUGAAAUUGACUCGGAGGUGCCUCUUCGUGUUGACGCUCGUUCUCAGCGUCAAAAUAGGUCAUGUGAUCAAAGCUGCUGUUGAAUAAUGAAAAACUCGCGCGUGAAAAAAGGCGUAAUCGAACGUUUAAAAUGUUACGACGUCAGCCCCACAUAGGUUUUGAGAAUUGUGUCAUUCCGAAAUAAAUAUUAUACGUGGGUGAGAAUCUGUAUAUAGAAAAAAUAAUAGAUCACGUAAUGAGCGCCGUAAAAUGUUUGAUAUAAUAAAAUUGGUAGUUUACGUUACGUGAUGCUAAAAGAUAAAUAGAAUUCAACUUCUUUUCUUUGAUACUAGUGAUCAAAUUGAUCACGUGACUUACGUUCAACGCUACAAUGAGCGUCGCAUGAAUUGGCACUUUAAGGAAGUAUUCUCAUUUAGAGCGUUUCACUUGAUAGGUGACUUUUUUCGAACGGAACUAUGAGGCAUACAAUUCCGAAGUUUUGUAUAAAUAUUUAUUCGUGUUUUAACUAUGUACUAUAAUUUCUACACAUGAUUAUCUCCAAUAUUGGAAAAGUUAUAAAUAAUUUUGUUACUGUUGAACGCGAAAAGUUGGUUGCCACGAUUCCGAACGUUGUCGACUUUUGAAGUCGAAGCUGCCAAAAUAUUAUUAAACUAUAAACUUGUGGCUAUCGCCAUUAUCACGAUGAAGCCAAUAUCUUUAAUAUUUCGAUUUUUAAGGACUAUCAAAGCUCAAGAAAUGGACAAAAAAUCGAUUUUUCUCCCUUAAAUCGAGCCAUUUUGUUAAAAAUCCAUUUUUAUUCUACAUCGUGUGGUAGGCAGCCACAAGUUUAUAGUUGAAUAAUUUCUCACAGUUUUGAUCGUAGAAGCCUACAGAGUCCGAAAUCGUGGCAACCGUACAUGCAAAACUUUCAUUCAGCUCUGCACAAAAUUAUUUGUAACUUUAUUAAUAUUGAGAAUAAUAAUGCGUAGAAAUUACCAUACAUAGUUAAAAUAUAGAUAAAUAUUUGUACAAAAUUUCAGAAUUGUACGUCUUACUGUCUUUUUUCGAGAAAAAAUUCCAAAAAUCACCCACAAAUCGACGUUUCAAAGUGAGAACACCCCCUUAAAGCUACUUCCACAAAUCACGCAGUGCGCGAUUGUAACGUACAAAAUCAUUGUUUCCGGAUUAUUAUUUUCGUAUUACAAUUGCUGUGGGUGGGGUGAGGAAGGGGCGAGAGCGCGUGUUUGGCAAGCGCGUUCUCUCGUUCGCGUCGUUCAACGAAGCCAAAUAGGAGCCGAUGAAACCCGCCUGAGUAAUUCUAUGUUACUCACCGUCAGCCUCGUAGUAAGAUAAGCGAUCGUAAAUAACGCGUGUGGUGCGCGUCCCCGCGGAUGCGUUCGAGCAGCCAAUGUACUUACGUGCGCGCCCGACCCGGCGCUGUUCUUUACGGGAUAUCAUCGUGAUUAUGAUUAUUUAUGCGAAAUCUCUCUCAGUUGUGAGCCGUUUGACGAGGACACGCGCAAGGAGAUAAGUGAGAAUGUCAGGUUUCGAAAAAAAAAAAAGGAUCGCAUAACCCUGGGAAUGAUCAUGGAAAAA